GGAGCCAUCCAAGCUAAUCACCCUGUUCCUUCAAAUUGCACUGUAUAUUACUACGAACUCACCGUGUUAGACCAGGGCCUCCAUGCCAAAAUUGCGAUAGGUUUUUCUGACAAGUCGUUCAAGUUGACUCGCCAGCCAGGGUGGGAAAGCAAUUCGUAUGGCUACCAUGGCGACGACGGCAGGAAAUUUAUUGAGACGGGCAUGGGCGAAGACUACGGCCCAACCUUCGGAACCGGCGACACCGUAGGCGCUGGCAUCCAUCUGGGCCGUCAGGAGUUGUUCUUCACUAAGAAUGGCACUAAGCUCAAUGUUGCGCACAGACCCGUGCGGGCGGGCCUCUACCCGACCAUUGGCCUGCACAGUACGGGCGAGAUGGUCCAGGUGAACUUCGGCCAGAAGCCUUUCAUGUUUGACGUGGAGGGCAUGUUGGCAGAAGAGAGGGCUGCGGAGCGGGCUGCAGUGGAAAGUGCUGCAGCGGUCGCUGCAACCGCCGAUGAUGGCUCACCCGCCGCCGCAGACGACGGCACAGCGCUGGGCCUGCGUGCACGCCUGCGCAGCUGCCUCAUGGCAGGUGACGUGGAUGGGGCGCUGGCACUGCUGACGGCGCAGUGUCCGGUGGUGCUGGCGGAUGCUGUACGUUUCGGGGUGGUGCACUUCCAGCUGGCAUGCCAAAAAUACAUCGAGCUAGUCAGGUGCGGUCGUGUGGAGGAGGCGGUGAUGUUUGCACAGAGUACUCUGGCUCAGCUGCGGGGCCCGUCAGCAGCGUCCCUGGAGUCGUCCCUUCGCGACGUCGUGGCACUGGUAGCCUAUCAGAAUCCUGAGGCCUCGCCCUUGGCGCACUUGCUCGACAGGGCGCAGCGCGAUGCCGUCGCAGACGCCGUCAACGCUGCCGUACUGGUGGUGGCUUCGGACAUUGGCGUCGGCGGAGCCGCCGGCGCUGCCGGCGCGGCUACAUCCGGAUCGGAAGGGGCAGUGUUGCAGUUGCGAGGUGUUCCGGAGCAGCAGCCGCUGAUGGCGUCGGCAUCGUCGGCAGCGGCAGCGGCGGGUCGUGGGACCCUUCUAUCGCAGCAGCGGAGCCAGGUGGAGCUGUUGUUACGGCAGCUGGCGGCGGUGCAGGGAGCACUUCACGAUGCGAAUGGGGGCCAGGGAGGCGUGUUUAACCUUCGAAAGUACAUGCUGGGCCAGACCACCACGUAACAAAACGCCCUCCCGCUGGGAAGGAUGGCACCGGGAAUGGGGAAAAGGGUAGGAAGGCGGAUAGCAGGGUGGGAAGGCGGAGCAGGACGUCUUGUGCCGAAGACGUAAUUAACGUCUUAUUCGGGCAGUAGGGAUGAGGAAGGGGGAGGAGAGGGUUUUGGAUGGAGAACGCUCACCAUGUGGGUGGUAGGCAAAUAGGUAGGUAGGUAGGUAGGAAGGUAAGAAGCAGGAGUGGGCACCAUUUGGAGCCUAGAAGAUGGGACAGCGAAAGUGAUUGCCAGGGCAACCCAAGGGGAGCUAGGGGCUGCAGGCAAUCACGUAAGCCGUGUCAUCACGCUAAG